AUGCUGGUGCGACUUUUCAGAGAAUACGGACUGGUCAACCCCAACGAUGGUCGCAACUGGUUCGGAGGCGCCGUGGUCAUGGACGACGCCGUACUUCAGGACCUUGUCCGUGCUGUCCAUCCAGAACUGUUCAAGAUCUCGCAAUACAACUGGAUCCGCAACACUGCCGAGGAUGAGACGAUGCAGCUGUUGACGAGCGCCAAUCGCACCGUCACGGAUACGACUACCCCUGUCCCCGGCCGCGCCUUGUCAUGUGCCAGUCUGCAGGCUGGAGGAAAAUUCGGAUGUGGAAACAGUGCGAACGGUCUUGGAAAUGAAGAGGAAUGA